AUGGCUUAUAGACGUUUUGUAUGGAAAUUUGGUGGUGGAAGAAGAACAACAAUAAUGUCAAUUCCAGAAGAGAUACAAAUUGAAAUCCUCUUAAGAUUACCGGCGAAACCCUUAUUAUCUUGUAAGUGUGUUUGCAAGCACUGGUAUGCCCUAAUCUUAACCUCUGGUUUCGUUAAAACCCAUAUGACUGUUCAGAAAAAUAAUCCUAUUCUCAUGCUUAAAGAUUCCGGUGAUCGAAUUUACUCAAUAGGUUAUGAUUCAUUACCAUCAUCAUCUGUAUGUGAAAUUAAAGAUCGUGUUAUUAAAGUGGAUCACCCAUUCAAAUCAUCUCUUCUACAUUAUUGUGAUGGAUUAUUGGGUUCAUGUAAUGGUAUAAUUUGCACAUGGUUGUCUUAUUAUGGUGGUGGUAAUAGGAAUUUAUUCUGUCUUUGGAACCCAGCUACAACAGAAUAUAAAGAAUUACCUGAAUCACCAAUUGAAUUUAAUGGAGACAAUGUUUGCAUUCAUGGUAUUGGUUAUAAUGACAAGACUGAUGAUUACAAGUUGGCAAUAGGUAUAAAACUUCCCGGAAACAAGGAUACUACUCUAGUCCAAGUCUAUACGUUAGCAUCAAAUUUGUGGAAAACGGUGAAAACCAUACCUUAUCGGUUUUGUGAUAUUCAAAUAUCCGGGGUGCUUGUUAACGAAAACCUUCAUUGGUUAGCGCUAGGUCAAUAUGACUUAUUAUUACUCUCUUUAGAUAUCAGUGAUGAGAAUUUCAAAGAAAUGCAACUACCAAGAGAAAUCCCUGAGAUGAAUAAGGAUAUGUCUCUGGGUGUGUUGCAAGGGUGCCUUUGCUUACUUGUCAGCUCAGAUGUGAAUGGUGUUGAGAAUUAUUUUGAAGUAUGGGAGAUGCUGGAUUAUGGAGUUCGAGAAUCUUGGACAAAGCAUUAUGUCAUUUCCCACGAGAGUAUUAUUAAUGAGCUAAGAUAUUUGAAGCUUGUGCGGUCUUUUAAGAACCAUGAGAUUCUACUCUUGAAAGGCGAUAUUCUAGUUUUGUAUGACCCAAAACAUGGAAGUGCUAGAGAACUAAAAAUCAACAAUGUUCCAUUCAGGAACGCUGAGACUUAUUGUGAAAGCUUAGUUUCUUUGAACUCUGGUACUUACAGUGUGGGACUGUUGUUUAAUGUCUACUACCUUGAUGCAGCUGUUGUUUAA